AUGAUUAAUUCUCCAGUGAGGACUUCAGAAUUCUCAUUCAUUGGAGUUCGUAAACAUUUUUGGAAGGAAGUGUUUUAUAACAUAUAAUUAUUUGAAGACACUAUAGAAAUGACUGAAAUUGUAAAAUUAUUUUAUAUUCAAGAAAUCUAAAUCACCUAAAUACAUUUUGCCUCUUAGAUUAUCAACAGUAAUAGAGAUAACAGGAUAGGUUAGUAAAAAUAAUAGGAAUUAUAGUGGAUUCUAAUUCAAAUACAAAGACUCAACUAAAUUAAUGAAUUGUAGAUCUUAAGAUAUUGCUAUGUAACUAAUUUUAUUAUUAUUAUUAGACUUAUUGAUAUGGUAAGUAAUUAAAUUACUUUUUUAAAUAUCACAAUGUUUUAUUAAGCUAUUGAGAUUAUUGGAAGAGGUAGCUCAUCAAGUGUUUCUGUUUUAAUUGAUACUUUUUCUUAAGAAUAAUAUGCUGUCAAAAGUAUAGGUAAAGAAUAUCUCUUAAAAAAUGAUAAACUUAAGGUAUAAUAUAUACAUAUCUAUUUAUUGAAUAGAUAUUAUUUGAAAAUGAAGUUAAGAUUUUGUAAGAAUUAACUAAAUACAAUUAAAAUAAUUAUUUUGUUCAUUUAUAUAAAGUAUUUGAAAGCAAAACAUCUUAUUAUUUAAUCUUAAAUCUUAUGAAAGGUAAAUCAUUAACUGCAUUCUAUCAUAAAAUCAAAGUAAGUAAUAAUGUUAAAUUAUUUGAAAUUAGAAAUAAUCAGAUACCAAAUUACUAUCUUCAGAAAUUAUCAAAACUAUAAUGAAGAGACUUCUUUCUGGUGUCUCUAUUUUACAUAGUCAUUAAGUAUAUAAAUUAUUAUUUUAAUUUAGAUAAUCCAUAGAGAUUUAAAACCAGAUAAUCUUUUGUUUCUUGAACCAAAUAAUGUAGAAUCUUUAGCUAUAGCUGAUUUUGGAUUAGCAACUUAUAGUAAUGUAGAAAAGUAAUAAUAUUCUCUUAUUGUAUUUAGAUAUUCAUAUCCUAUUUGUGGUACUCAAGGUUACAUGGCACCAGAAAUUACUCAUUAUAAAGAUGGAUAAAUCAAAUAUGAUUAAUAAAUUGAUAUCUAUAGCAUUGGUGUUAUAUUUAAUUGGCUGUAUUUUUAUAUUAAUCUUUAGACUUACUGGUGAUAUUGAUAAACAUAAUCCUAAAUUAUAAAAACUAGAUUCCAUUACUUUUAAUUUAUUGAAUAAUCUUCUUAGAACUAAUCCAAAAGAAAGAUUAUCUGCAUAAGCAGCAUUAGAUCAUCCUUAUUUUUAAAAUGAUGAUACUACUAAAAAAACCUUUUAAUCUUAAUAUGGAUAUGUAAUUCUAUUUUAUUAUUAUAGGAAAAUGUUGAUGGUGACACUAUUGUACAACAUAAAGACUUAAAGAAUUAUUCUUUGCCUCUCCUCAAAAAACCCUAACGACAAACUUGA